CUGAGCGUUACUUGGAUGUGCGUUGCGCUCGUCGUUGUUACUUUCUCGCCCGUCGUAAAAGAUGCGCGCCUGGAUCUUGGUGUUCGUGUGGCUACGCCUCUUCCACGGAAUCCAUGGAUCCGUCAGCACGAGCACAGUGAAACCCGAGGGAGAGGAGCCGGCUGCGAGCAGCAACGACGUCUUGCAUAAACGGGAUCACCAGCACCAUAAACACCACGUGUCGAAAUUGCGCCAGAUAUUUUACUCUCGCGCUUCUGUCUCUGGGUGUUCUGCGUUACUUCGAGUGCACCUCAUCCUAAUGGCACGAAUGUUCUCCUUUGCAGAGAUUCGGUGUUUUUGCAACCUGCCCCAAUGUGCGUCCAGCUACAUGUGCAAGUCCCCGUUGGGUCACUGCUUCACCGAGGUGAUCGACGUGGAAAAACCAGAAAAGACUCGUCAUGGAUGCGUGGAAAUGUUGGAGGAGGCUGAGAUGGAGCCAUGCCUAUUGGCCGGAGACAAGGACGAUCCGAACUUGUUGGUGAAGUGCUGUCGUGAGGAUCUGUGCAACUAUGUCCACAUGGACAUGGUCCUCCAGAUGAAGACCAAGCCCGAGCAGGGACCAGACGCGAUAAAGCCGGCAACGACGACGCCAUCGGACGCGGCUUUACAACAGGAUCUGUGGUUCAAGGCAGCGACGAUCGCAGUCCCCAUCGCCGGUGGUUUCAUCUUGAUCAUUUUGGUCCUCUUGGCGGUUCGGAUGCUCCGAAAGGACUCGAAAAGACAGAGGAAUAAUGUGGACUUGGAACGCAGGGCCUACCCCUACCCUAGCCCCUACUACCAUCAGCAGGAACUCCUGCUAGGGGACGAACAUGUGAAGGAACCGUGUUUUUAUCAUCAUCAUCACUGCCAUCACUGCUGCCCUGGUGAAAGUGUGAAGAACCCAAAAGUUGCGGGUGUGAAUUUGCAGGAAGGAAACAAUCCCUAUUUAAACGACAACAUGGGGAUGGGUUCCGUGAUUCGAUGGAGUGGGCAUUCCUCCCAACCCCCUCCUCCUUCACCCCCGGCUUCCGUUUGAGAGAAUCCGGGGAAUUCACCCGCAUUGUGAUCCAUUUCCUCAGUGUUUUCUCAUAUGUGAUAUCCAUGUGGAGGGGACUUCCGCCUCCUCCAUUAAUUUAUACCAGUCAAAGAUAUGCGAGUGUUUGUAUGAAUGAUAUAAUAAAAAGUCAGUCACUUGUA